GAAAGCUGCACAUGAGAUCUGCCCCAGCACCUUAAAUCCUCUAACUCUAAAAUAUUUAAAUAUACCUUUGAUUUAUUUACUUUUUUGUUUUUUUAAAAAGCUGUAUUCUGAGAGAGUGAGAGCCAACAGGUGCCCUCGCCAUGGUGUUGCCACCCCCAGACAAACGCCACGUGUGCCUGACCACCAUCGUCAUUAUGACCAGCAUGGCCUUCAUGGACGCCUACCUGGUGGAGCAGAACCAGGGUCCCAGGAAAAUCGGUGUGUGUAUUAUAGUACUGGUGGGGGACGUUUGCUUCCUAAUUGUCCUACGGUAUGUGGCGGUGUGGGUCGGUGCCGAGGUACGCACUGCUCGACGAGGAUACGCCAUGAUCUUGUGGUUUCUGUACAUCUUUGUCCUUGAGAUCAAACUCUACUUUGUCUUCCAGAAUUGCAAGGCUGACAGGAAGAGUCUGGAGACCGUAGCACGGAAAGCUUUGACAUUACUGUUGUCUGUGUGCGUGCCAGGUUUAUAUUUGGUCCUUGUGGCUCUGGAUAGUUUGGAAUAUGUUAGAACUUUCCGGAAGAAGGAGGAUAUGAGAAGCCGUCUGUUCUGGGUGGCUCUGGAUUUGCUGGACCUGCUUGAUAUCCAAGCCAAUCUAUGGGAACCCCAGCGGACAGGCCUGCCCAUCUGGGCUGAAGGUCUGAUGUUUUUCUACUGCUACAUCCUGCUGCUUAUCCUGCCCUGUGUGUCACUUAGUGAAAUCAGCAUGCAAGGGGAGCACAUGUCACCUCAGAAGAUGAUGCUGUACCCAGUCCUUAGCCUGGUCACCAUAAACAUGGUCACCAUUCUUAUACGUGGAGUAAACAUGGUGUUGUUCCAAGACAGCCGGGUUUCCACCAUUUUUGUUGGCAAGAACGUGGUGGCUAUUGCCACAAAGGCGUCUACCUUCUUGGAGUACCGCAAACAGGUGAAGGAGUUCCCCCACCCACAGAACGCAAUGGCGCUGGAGCUGCAGCAGAACUCUGUGAGCCACACGCAGACGCUGCCCAACGCCACCAGUUUACCACACGAAUCUUCACCAGCUCAGGAUGUUAUAGACACAUGA